AAUACAUAUAAGAGUUAAGUGUCUCCAUUUACAAGACGUACACUAAGAAUAUUAUUCUUUAAUUUAUCUUAAGAAUCUACCGAAAUAAAUGGUUUAAUUGUUGUGAUCUUUUAUUUUAUAUAAAUAUAAAUUAUAUUAAAGUUACUGUAUAUUGUUUUAACUAUAGAAAUAUUACAAUUGUAGUAUUUUUUUACACAAUGUGUAUUGUCUUCAUAAGUAGUAUUCAACAUAAGGAUGGAGGUUAUCGACUUAUCAUAGCUUCUAAUCGAGAUGAGUUUUAUGAUAGACCAACAUUAUCAGCUAAUUAUUGGGAAGAAGCAUGCGAUAUAAUUGGAGGGCGAGACUUAAAUUCAUCAAGUAAGGGCGGUACCUGGCUAGCGCUCGAUGUUAAAGGCAAGUUCUCUACACUUUUAAAUAUAUUUCAACUGUCAAAUCAGCCAAAUGUACAAUCUAGAGGUCAGUUAGUUGAAAAUUUUCUAAAGUGUAGUUCUGAUGCUUCAGAAUACAGCCAGUUGUUACAAGGAGUAUAUAAUGGUUUUAAACUAAUCAUGAUGCGCAUUAGCCAUUCGUUGAUAGAAACAUCUUUAUUGACUAACAUAAGCUUUCCCAAUAAUCCUGAAAUAGAACAUAUACCAAAUGGCGUUAAAGGUUUUGGGAAUGGCAAUUAUCAAAAAGUAGCCCAAGGAGAAAAACGAUUUAAUGAUAUUGUUAGAAAAUAUGGACAUAACAGUUGUAAGGACAAACUUAUUCAAGAGUUGCUAGGACUACUAAAGUGGGACAAACAUCAUUUACCAGAUGAAGAGUUAGCAAAAACAGCACCUCGACAUUUGGAUACAGAUGUCCAUAAACAAUAUAGUUCAAUAUUUGUAGAGAUACCUUUUUUAAAGUAUGGAACUAGAACACAUACAAUUAUAUUAUUGGACCACGAUGGACAAAUAGAAUAUAACGAAUGGACAAAAGUCAAAGAAGAAUGGCAGCAUCAAUGUUUUAUGACAAAACUGAAAUGUGAAACAUGAACAAAACCAUGUUUUCAUAUAAUACACUGCGAUAAUUCAAUUACAGUCUUAACCUUGAAAUUUUAUUCAAGUUGCUUUGCUACCUUAUACUUAAAAUUAUAGGUGUUAUAAUUAGAACUUAUUAAAAAAGUCAGUACAGUAGGAUAGGGGUUUAUUAAACUGAAAGUGUUAAAAUCACUCUCAAUUAAACGCUUUGAUGUGUAUCUGUAUAAAUAUAUUUAUGUAUUAAACAUCAUUAAUAUGUUUAAAA